GGAGGAGCAUCAGUUGCUAUGACAACAAUUUUAGUAAAAUGGCGGACAGAAGUUUGCAGGUAUCUUACGUGGAAGAUGAAUUUGCACCUGCGCAAGAGGAGUUUGGUGAGUGGCAGCGAAGGUUUGAUCAAGUUAUUGAGGAAUUGCCUGCAUACGGUCCAACUCUAGCAAAAAUAAAAAAACAGUAUGAGGCAGUUAUUGGUUUUAUAAUUGACAGUAAGAGAGUCCGAGCAUUAGUUCAACUUGACCGUGAGAAGAGAAAAAAGGACAAGCAGUCAAUAUUAAAUUUUAAGAGACGCAAGGCAGAGCUCGAAGAGAAAAUAUUGAAAUUAUCUUCAGAAAAUAAAAGACUCAAAAAAGAAAUAGAUACUACAAAAGACGUCAAUGCUGCUAGGAAAAAGGAGAAGGAUAGGAGAGCCAGUCCUUAUCAUAAAAGGUUUCCAAUUUCAUCGGCCGACAGAAGAUCCUUAUCACUGACCCCCAGCGAAGCUAUUAAUAUACAGUUUUUAGAAAAAGAACUAGCCAGGUUAAAACUGGUACUAGAUGAAGUUCAAUACAACACAGAGAAGAGAUAUGUACCUAAAAAUCAGAAAGACAUUCUACAACAACAGCUAAUAAACAAAGAGAAAGAGAAAGAAAAAAUCGAACACGAAAAUAAAUAUUUAUGCCAUCUCUACCUACAGCUUAGAGAAUCAAUUAAGGCUGCUAGAUUGUAUUAUUCCAGUGUCCAAUCAUCUUCAAGCGGUCAGGAUCAUGUGGUUCCUUUAUCAAAAUACGCUCUUGAUCUCUCAAGGAACAUAACAAUGGUUGAUGUGAUGAACACUUUAGAGGAACUAGGAGAGCAGGAUCCAGAAGAGGAGAAGGAAGCAGAGUUUAUAUUGCACUGUUGUCAAAAGUUUAAUGAACUGUUUGACACUGAGCAGUUUACUGAAGCAGCUCUCAUUGCAGCUACUUCUCCUAAAGGUGUUUUAAGAACAAUCAUAACUUUAAACAAAUUUAAAUCUCUCGCACCUCCAGUUAGCCCCACCCCUAGCCCCUCCCCCUCUCCUCUUAUGACGUAUUGCUCUGCUCUCAUGGACUCCGCCCACAUUUAUCCUCCGGUCAGUACUGAGGAAGCUAUGGAGUGUUUAUAUGCAGCUGUAGCUGAAAGUCAUAUUAACCUCAUCGCUAAAUGGAUCAGCAAAGACUCCUUGCCAUUGUGUAAAGAAAUGGGAUCCUAUCUUUACAAGCAAUGUUCCUGUCCUGGUACCAAUUGCAGGUGUCAAUUUUGUAUGCUGUCGCUUGUAAUUUACAAGAAAUUGAACUGCAGUUUUGAGGAGUCACUCUGUUUAGCUAAACUAGGCAAGUAUAGCUCAAUGCUGAAGGACAAGCAGUAUAAUAAAAAUGAUAUUGCAUCAUUAUUGUCUGCAGUUCCCAGUGUUGAUCAUGCUCUAUUUCUGGUAGCUCCACCCACUGGCAAUAGACCAUCACUGCAUCUUUUUGAAGCUCUCUACGUUUUAGCUCAAACUGGCCCUCAUCCUCAAAGAUGUAUUGAACUAGUUAAAUCAUUUGCUGUUCUUAGAAAGCUCAGCUGGCAAGAAGCGAUCGGCCAUGAAACACGAUUGAGACCUGAUCUUGCUCAUAAUCUCAUUCCUGUGCUGUCCCAGUUCCCAGAACUAGAUUGGCUUGUUCUACAGCUAUCAGUCUCCUAUACGGUAUACACAGUUUUAUUGAGAGCCAUUGAAAGGAUCAACAGAUCAAUGUCUGAGUCUUCAAUGAAUAGUUCUUCCUACGGCCCCAAGAGCGAGUCCACUCCUCCUGAGAGCAGGGCCACUAGCUCCUCCUCUAGGCCUAAGUUGACCCGCAGCAAGAGGUUUGAUGCUGAUGAUGGAACCGACUUCACUAGUAGGAGCACCAGCAGUGCUAGUACUAGCAGUGAUAGUGGUACAGACUCCAAGGCCACUCCUCCAGUGAAGGAUUCCGACAAGUGAUUGAUGACUCUUGGCGUGAAACGGCACCUUUUCUCUGACUUAGCAGGCAAUCUCUUCUUUGUUUUGUUUUAUUCUCAACACUAUCACUCAAUUAGUUACCUCAUAGUCCACUAGUUUUCUCUUUUAAACACACAGGGAUAGGUCUAAUAGCAAUCUUCACUGCAGCAGUAUUAUCAUCAGUAUCAUUUUGACUUGUAAUUUAGUUUAUUGUAGAAACAAAACAUUGUAUUAUAGUAAUCUAUUUCAUUUAUGAUAACAAUUAGUUGAUUAAAAUAACAAUCCAAA